UGAGUGAGUUUGAGAGGGGGCGCUCAGCAUUUGCAUGCGCGGACUGAUUAGUUGGUUCAGAAGUGGCCUGUUUUCUGUUCUGUGAUGGCAGAGGGUCAGUGCUUCUCCAGUGGGCCGGUAAAGCGCUGCAAGCGGGGACAGACAGACUAAAUACAUCAGUACUAUCACCAAUCAGAAUAGGGAAUUUCCUUCCAGAUAGAGGAACGCUGGCAAAACAUAUAUUCUGAGAAGAAAUUACUAUUGGAAACCAAUUGUUUAUUUCCCAGUUUCAGCAGUUUGCUCGGAAGGGCUCAGGCGGUGGAGCAGAAUGCCUCAAAAAGAAUACCAUAACCAACCCACGUGGGAAUCAGGAGUGGCGUCCAUGAUGCAAAACAGUCACAGUGGCGUCAACCAGCUCGGCGGGGUGUUUGUGAACGGCAGACCGUUACCGGACUCCACCAGACAGAAGAUCGUCGAACUCGCUCAUAGUGGAGCACGACCCUGCGACAUCUCCAGGAUUCUGCAGACCCAUGAUGAUGCAAAAGUCCAACUGGACAAUAAGAACGUGUCGAAUGGGUGUGUGAGCAAGAUUUUGGGGAGAUAUUAUGAGACCGGCUCCAUCCGACCGCGAGCCAUCGGAGGCAGCAAACCGAGGGUAGCGACGCCUGAAGUGGUCGGCAGAAUAGCACAGUACAAGAGGGAGUGUCCCUCGAUCUUUGCCUGGGAAAUUCGGGACAGGCUGCUGUCUGAAGGGGCGUGCACCAACGAUAACAUACCGAGCGUGUCGUCGAUAAAUCGAGUCCUACGCAACCUGGCUAGCGAAAAGCAACAGAUGGGUGCAGAUGGCAUGUACGACAAGCUGAGAAUGCUCAACGGACAGACCGGCACGUGGGGGACUCGCCCGGGAUGGUACACUGGUACGUCUGUGCCAGGACAACCAAAUCAAGAUGGUUGCCAGCAACAGGACAAUGGAGGCGAGAACACUAACUCCAUUAGCUCGAACGGUGAGGAUUCAGAUGAGACUCAAAUGCGCCUGCAGUUGAAAAGAAAACUGCAAAGAAACAGAACGUCGUUCACUCAGGAGCAGAUUGAAGCGCUGGAAAAAGAGUUUGAAAGAACCCACUAUCCAGAUGUUUUCGCAAGAGAAAGACUUGCAGCAAAAAUCGACCUUCCAGAAGCUAGAAUACAGGUAUGGUUCUCAAACAGAAGAGCCAAAUGGAGGAGGGAAGAGAAGCUGAGGAACCAGCGACGACAAGCCAGCAACUCCUCCAGUCACAUUCCCAUCAGCAGCAGUUUCAACACAAGCGUCUACCAGGCAAUCCCACAACCCACCACUCCUGUGUCCUUCACAACAGGGUCAAUGCUAGGCCGAUCAGACACGGCUCUGACCAACACGUACACGGGUUUGCCUCCGAUGCCCAGCUUCACAAUGGCUAACAACCUGCCUAUGCAACCAAGCCAGGCAUCUUCCUAUUCCUGCAUGCUGCCCACCAGUCCGUCCGUGAAUGGGCGAAGCUACGACACAUACACACCCCCUCAUAUGCAGGCACACAUGAACAGCCAAACAAUGGCAACUUCUGGUACCACCUCAACAGGACUCAUCUCCCCUGGAGUAUCUGUCCCUGUCCAAGUUCCCGGAACUGAGCCAGACAUGUCUCAGUAUUGGUCAAGAUUACAGUAAAGAAAAGAGUUACUUUGCCCUUUGACUUCCACACAGAGACUAAAAGAGAACCUGGACCUCUGCAGCAGUAUUUCCACAAACACACAGACACACACAAACAAAUACGAGGACGAGGAAGCGUGUGGAUUCUUGUCACGGUCUGAAAACUUCCUUUAAGAGGAAAACCAGACGCUAGAGAGACUUUAAUGGAACAAAAACAACAAACCUCUGCUACAUCCACAUUUUCGAUCUCCAUUAUUUUGUUGUAUUUUUGCAUUGGCAUUUAUAAGUAAAGACAACAGCCAAAAAUAUGUUGCACUGGCAUCCAUUUGAAAUGGCGGAGCAUGAUAUAUAGUGACUGUUUUCUACUGAGCUAAUAUCAGGAUUACGGAUCAGACUUCAUACAGGCCCAUAUCAAAGAGUUACCGGCUAGAAGAUCGAGGCUAAAAAUCAACUUCACUAUUUUUUUUCUACAAAAGGAACAACAGCCAUUAUGUAAAUUUCUGAGACGUUUGUCAUUAAAUAUGAGGGUUUGGAGCUGGGUAGACUGAUUUUCUGAGGCCGUUUGUGCUUGAUCGUUUAUAAUUGUGACGUCAAGAGGAAAUGGAAGUUAUAAAACGGCAGACUUUGCCAUCAAAAUAACAUUCAUCCAUUUUGCUACUGUCCAAUUGUAAGUAUUUGUAGAAAUCUCCACCUGGAAUUAUCGCGGAUCAUACAUAUAUUCUCACAUUUACUGCCCCCGAGAAAAAUCUAUAAAUAUGUUUUAUACAGAUUUUCAUGCAUUGUUAAAAAAAGAAAAAAAAAAAAAAACACUUCUUUAGGUCAGGUACAAGUUGUCUGUUAGGUAUAGCUGUAUUAUAGUGUCCUACGGUCAAAUAAUUUUGUGAGACUAGAAAUAUUUAAUUCCAGUAAUUAUGAUUAAAAAUGCUUGACAGAGUUUAAAAAAAAAGUAAGUGUUUGGCAGUUGUUUACAAGUACAUAUCAGACUUUAACCAUUGUUGAUUGUAAAAACAGACCAAAGCCUUUGUAUUUCAUCUAGUACACAACAAUCUUAAUCUUCUCUUUUUUUAUCGUUAGUCUUGUGUUGCUAUACAUUUUGUAAAGGAAAAAAAAGUUGUUUUACAUUCUAGUACACUGGCUUCGAGUAUAUAUGACUGCGGCUUAAUCACGCAGUCCUUAUUUAUGAUUGACAACAUGUUGACAUCUCUUGAAUUCUGCGUUUUUGUUGUGCAUACCUGAAACACGAACACUUGUAAUGGUUUUUGUGUCAGAGCAAUGCUUUGGAAAACGGAAGGUCUACCCUGUCUUGCAGAUAUUUCAAUUUAACUUUAUUUAAAAGCUUUCUAAAUGUAUUUUGUGAAAACUAUUAAAAACAUUUUGUACAGUACACGUCGCUUUCUUCACGAUUUUCCAAAAUGCACGACUCCUAUUGAAAAUGAACAUCAUUUUCAAGUAAAACCAUUCAUAAUUAAAAACAUUACUACCCGUUUAAAGAUGCACCAGCACGUCAAAACCCCUCACUUCUCUCCACAUACCUCAUAACCACCAAAGAACUCGUGAACAAAGGCACCAGCCGACUCCACACAACUCAGACAUCACAAAAACACACCACAAUAGAAAAGGCCUAUGCCAUUCAACACUGCCAGCUCUUGUUUUGGUAGAGUUACGAUGGUCUAAAAGGAAGAGAAAAAAAGCGAGUGAGCGUGGGGGGAGGUGAGAGAGGGAAGAAACGAGAAGAAUAAAGCGGUCCGAGCGAGCGGAGGGAGAGAUGAAGCGAUUGUGUGGCAGAAUGAGUUAUUUUGCUUCACUUGCUGUCUCAGCGGGAGGGACGCCGAGGGAAAGUGUCCAUGUGGAAGGCUUUUUGGGGGUGUUUGGUUGGUCCUGAUGUUAGCUGGGUCAGGUAGUGCCUUAUGGGACGUCAGGACAGCUCUAGUCUCGCUCAAACACACCGACAAAGACAGCAGUGGAAGUGAAAAGUUCACUACUAAAGUUACACUUGUUAUAUUUCACUUCCAACAAAACUAGCGUCUUAUUAGGCUCAAAAUAAUUGAUGAACUAUGUUUGUUCUUAACAUAUAUUCAUGUCACACCACGUGACUAUUUGAGCAGAGUAAUCACUCUAUAAACGUAAUUAUAAUGGCAAAAAAUAGUUGACUGCAUAUAAUAUACUGAUUUUUU